CGGAGGAAGACAGGAGCUGAACUAAUGGCUAAAGAAUAAAUCAACAUGGCAACUAUGGUUCCACCAGUGAAACUGAAAUGGCUUGAACACCUAAACAGUUCUUGGAUUACAGAGGACAGUGAAUCUAUUGCUACAAGAGAAGGGGUUGCUGUUCUGUAUUCUAAACUGGUCAGUAAUAAGGAAGUAGUACUUUUGCCCCAACAAGUUUUGUGUCUCAAAGGACCACAGUUGCCAGACUUUGAACGUGAGUCUCUUUCAAGUGAUGAGCAGGACCACUAUUUGGAUGCCCUUCUUAGCAGCCAGCUAGCACUAGCGAAGAUGGUUUGUUCAGAUUCCCCAUUUGCUGGGGCACUUCGGAAACGACUGCUUGUACUCCAGCGUGUUUUUUAUGCACUUUCUAAUAAAUACCACGACAAAGGCAAAGUGAAACAGCAGCAGCAUUCUCCAGAGAGCAGUUCUGGUUCAGCAGAUGUCCAUUCUGUUAGUGAACGUCCCCGGUCAAGCACUGAUGCACUUAUAGAAAUGGGUGUUCGAACUGGUCUAAGUUUAUUAUUUGCACUUCUAAGACAAAGUUGGAUGAUGCCUGUGUCGGGACCUGGUCUCAGUCUUUGCAAUGACGUUAUUCAUACUGCAAUUGAAGUUGUGAGUUCUUUACCACCAUUAUCUUUAGCAAAUGAAAGCAAGAUUCCUCCAAUGGGCUUGGACUGCUUAUCACAAGUAACAACAUUUCUUAAAGGAGUAACUAUUCCCAAUUCUGGGGCAGACACUUUAGGUCGAAGAUUAGCUUCUGAGUUGCUGCUUGGUUUAGCAGCUCAACGAGGCUCUUUGAGAUAUCUUCUUGAAUGGAUCGAAAUGGCUUUAGGGGCUUCAGCAGUUGUAAAUUCCAUGGAGAAAAGCAAAUUACUAUCAAGCCAGGAAGGAAUGAUCAGCUUUGACUGCUUUAUGACGAUAUUAAUGCAGAUGAGGCGUUCUUUGGGUUCAUCUGCUGAUCGGAGUCAGUGGAGGGAACCAACCAGAACAUCUGAUGGGUUGUGCUCACUCUAUGAGGCAGCUUUAUGUCUCUUUGAAGAGGUUUGCAGAAUGGCUUCUGAUUACUCAAGAACAUGUGCUAGCCCAGAUAGCAUUCAGACUGGUGAUGCUCCCAUUGUCUCAGAAACCUGUGAGGUUUAUGUUUGGGGGAGCAAUAGCAGCCAUCAGUUGGUAGAAGGCACACAGGAGAAAAUAUUACAGCCCAAACUGGCUCCCAGUUUCUCUGAUGCUCAGACCAUUGAAGCUGGACAAUACUGCACUUUUGUCAUUUCUACGGAUGGCUCUGUCAGAGCUUGUGGUAAAGGCAGCUAUGGGAGACUGGGCCUUGGAGAUUCUAAUAAUCAGUCUACUUUAAAAAAGUUAACAUUUGAGCCUCACAGGUCCAUUAAAAAGGUUUCAUCUUCCAAAGGAUCUGAUGGUCACACUUUAGCUUUUACCACAGAAGGAGAAGUCUUCAGUUGGGGAGAUGGUGAUUAUGGGAAACUGGGACAUGGAAAUAGUUCAACACAGAAAUAUCCCAAGCUUAUUCAGGGCCCUCUUCAAGGAAAGGUAGUUGUUUGUGUGUCGGCUGGAUACAGACAUAGCGCUGCUGUAACAGAGGAUGGUGAAUUGUACACAUGGGGUGAAGGAGACUUUGGAAGAUUAGGUCACGGUGACAGUAAUAGCCGUAACAUUCCAACAUUAGUAAAAGACAUUAGCAAUGUAGGAGAAGUUUCUUGUGGCAGUUCACAUACUAUUGCUUUAUCUAAAGACGGGAGAACUGUAUGGUCGUUUGGAGGAGGCGACAAUGGCAAACUUGGCCAUGGUGAUACCAACAGGGUGUAUAAACCUAAAGUUAUUGAAGCUUUACAAGGAAUGUUCAUACGCAAAGUUUGUGCUGGGAGCCAGUCUUCACUUUCUUUGACAUCAACAGGGCAGGUCUAUGCUUGGGGCUGUGGAGCUUGUCUAGGUUGUGGUUCUUCAGAAGCUACAGCUUUGAGACCCAAGCUUAUUGAAGAACUGGCUGCCACCAGAAUAGUUGAUAUUUCUAUUGGAGACAGUCAUUGUUUGGCUCUUUCUCAUGAUAAUGAAGUUUAUGCCUGGGGCAAUAACUCAAUGGGGCAGUGUGGCCAAGGAAAUUCCACAGGUCCUAUUACUAAACCAAAGAAAGUGAGUGGCUUAGAUGGCAUAGCUAUUCAGCAGAUCUCUGCUGGAACAUCACAUAGUCUGGCAUGGACUGCUCUUCCUAGAGACAGACAAGUUGUUGCAUGGCACCGACCUUAUUGUGUAGAUCUUGAAGAGAGUACCUUCUCACACCUGCGUUCUUUUCUUGAGAGAUACUGUGAUAAAAUAAACAGUGAGAUUCCCCCACUCCCUUUCCCUUCAUCAAGGGAACACCACAGUUUCCUCAAACUGUGCCUGAAGCUUCUGUCAAAUCACCUUGCUCUUGCACUUGCGGGAGGGGUAGCUACCAGCAUUCUUGGGAGACAGGCAGGUCCACUUCGAAAUUUGCUCUUCAGACUGAUGGACUCAACUGUCCCAGAUGAAAUCCAAGAGGUGGUAAUUGAAACUCUGUCAGUGGGAGCAACCAUGCUGUUACCUCCAUUACGAGAACGUAUGGAGUUACUUCAUUCUCUUUUACCCCAAGGACCUGAUAGAUGGGAAAGCUUAUCCAAAGGACAGAGAAUGCAACUGGAUAUCAUUCUGACAAGUUUGCAAGAUCAUACCCAUGUAGCCUCCUUACUUGGCUACAGCUCACCUUCUGAUGCUGCUGACCUCUCUUCUGUGUGUACUGGCUACGGAAACCUGUCAGAUCAACCUUAUGGCACUCAGAGUUGCCAUCCAGACACCCAUCUUGCUGAAAUUUUGAUGAAGACUCUCUUAAGAAAUUUAGGAUUUUAUACAGAUCAAGCAUUUGGAGAGCUAGAAAAGAAUAGUGAUAAAUUUCUGCUUGGAACAUCAUCUUCGGAGAACAGUCAGCCUGCUCAUCUUCAUGAACUGCUGUGUUCACUGCAGAAACAGCUGCUGGCAUUUUGUCACAUCAAUAACAUUAGCGAGAAUUCAAGCAGUGUGGCAUUGCUUCAUAAACAUCUUCAGCUCUUGUUGCCUCAUGCCACAGAUAUUUAUUCACGUUCUGCAAAUUUGCUCAAAGAAAGUCCUUGGAAUGGCAGUGUUGGAGAAAAAUUAAGAGAUGUGAUAUAUGUCUCGGCUGCAGGCAGUAUGCUCUGCCAGAUUGUUAAUUCUCUACUGUUACUCCCUGUGUCCGUGGCUCGGCCUUUAUUGAGUUACCUCCUCGACUUGUUGCCACCUCUUGAUUGCCUUAAUAGACUCCUGCCAGCUGCCGCUCUUUUAGAAGACCAAGAGUUACAGUGGCCUCUUCAUGGAGGGCCAGAACUGAUCGAUCCUGCUGGCUUGCCAUUACCUCAGCCAGCCCAGUCCUGGGUGUGGCUUGUGGAUCUGGAAAGAACCAUUGCUCUCCUUAUUGGGCGAUGUCUUGGUGGCAUGCUUCAGGGCUCCCCUGUGUCUCCGGAGGAACAGGACACUGCAUAUUGGAUGAAAACACCACUUUUUAGUGACGGUGUAGAAAUGGACACCCCUCAGUUAGAUAAAUGUAUGAGUUGCCUAUUAGAAGUAGCUCUUUCAGGAAAUGAAGAACAGAAACCUUUUGACUACAAAUUGCGACCUGAAAUUGCUGUCUUUGUAGACUUGGCAUUGGGUUGUUCAAAAGAGCCUGCACGAAGCCUUUGGAUCAGCAUGCAGGAUUAUGCUGUUAGUAAAGAUUGGGACAGUGCAACUUUAAGUAAUGAAUCACUCUUGGACACUGUGUCUAGAUUUGUUCUUGCAGCUCUUCUGAAACAUACGAAUUUACUUAGUCAAGCGUGUGGAGAAAGCCGAUAUCAACCUGGUAAAAGUUUAUCAGAAGUGUACCGUUGUGUGUACAAAGUUCGAAGUCGUUUACUUGCUUGCAAGAACCUUGAACUUAUUCAGACCAGGUCAUCAUCACGAGACAGAUGGAUCGCAGAAAACCAAGACUCUGCAGAUGUUGAUCCUCAGGAGCAUUCGUUUACCCGGACCAUUGAUGAAGAAGCUGAAAUGGAAGAACAGGCUGAGCGAGACCGGGAAGAGGGGCAUCCAGAACCAGAGGAUGAGGAGGAAGAACGGGAGCAUGAAGUGAUGACAGCUGGCAAAAUCUUUCAGUGUUUCCUCUCAGCCCGUGAAGUAGCUCGUAGCCGAGAUCGAGAUAGAAUGAACAGUGGGGCAGGGUCUGGGGCUCGAUCUGAUGAUCCACCUCCUCAGUCUCAGCAAGAGCGAAGGGUCAGCACAGACCUUCCCGAGGGUCAGGAUGUGUACACUGCUGCCUGCAACUCCGUGAUCCAUCGGUGUGCCCUCUUAAUAUUAGGAGUAAGCCCUGUGAUUGAUGAGCUUCAGAAGCGGAGGGAAGAAGGACAGUUGCAGCAACCUUCAACAAGUGCCUCUGAAGGGGGUGGACUUAUGACCAGGAGUGAAAGUCUUACUGCAGAGAGCCGGCUAGUCCACACAAGCCCAAAUUAUAGACUGAUCAAAUCGAGGAGUGAAUCUGAUUUGUCUCAGCCUGAAUCAGAUGAAGAGGGUUACGCACUGAAUGGAAGACGAAAUGUUGAUUUGGACUUGGCAUCAUCUCAUAGAAAGAGAGGUACUAUCCACAGUCAGUUGGAAUCCCUGAACGACUCUUGGGCUCGCCUGAAACAUAGCAGAGACUGGUUGUGCAAUUCCUCUUACUCCUUUGAGUCUGAUUUUGAUCUUACCAAGUCUUUGGGAGUUCACACUUUGAUUGAAAAUGUUGUAAGCUUUGUGAGUGGAGAUGUGGGGAAUGCCCCAGGUUUUAAAGAGCCAGAGGAAAGUAUGUCUACAAGUCCCCAGGCCUCCAUCAUUGCAAUGGAACAGCAGCAGUUAAGGGCAGAACUUCGUUUAGAGGCACUUCACCAGAUCCUCAUUCUGUUGUCUGGAAUGGAGGAAAAAGGUAGCAUCUCUCUGGCAGGAAGCAGGUUGAGCUCAGGCUUCCAGUCAUCCACACUGCUCACAUCUGUGAGGCUGCAGUUUCUAGCAGGGUGUUUUGGUUUAGGCACUGUUGGACAUGCAGGAGCCAAAGGAGAGAGUGGCCGAUUGCAUCACUAUCAGGAUGGGAUCAGAGCAGCUAAGAGAAACAUACAGAUUGAAAUCCAGGUGGCUGUGCAUAAGAUUUAUCAACAAUUGUCUGCUACCCUGGAGAGAGCCCUGCAAGCAAACAAGCAUCACAUUGAGGCCCAGCAGCGUCUCCUUUUGGUUACAGUGUUCGCUUUGAGUGUUCACUAUCAACCAGUGGAUGUUUCUUUGGCAAUUUCCACUGGUCUGCUAAACGUAUUAUCGCAGUUAUGUGGCACAGACACUAUGCUAGGACAGCCUCUGCAGUUAUUGCCAAAGACGGGUGUUUCUCAACUUAGCACAGCUUUAAAAGUGGCUAGUACAAGAUUGCUCCAGAUUCUAGCCAUCACUACAGGGACCUAUGCCGAUAAACUGAGCCCCAAGGUAGUUCAAUCCUUGUUAGAUCUACUCUGUAGUCAGUUGAAGAAUUUGUUAUCCCAAACUGGUGUACUACUUAUGGCCUCUUUUGGAGAAGGGGAAGGAGAAGAUGGUGAAGAAGAAGAAAAAAAAGUUGACUCCAGUGGAGAAACUGAGAAGAGAGAUUUCAGAGCUGCUCUUAGGAAGCAACAUGCAGCCGAACUGCAUCUGGGGGAUUUUUUAGUUUUUCUACGCAGAGUUGUGUCUUCAAAAGCAAUUCAGUCGAAAAUGGCUUCCCCAAAGUGGACAGAAGUACUUCUGAAUAUAGCAUCUCAGAAGUGUUCUGCAGGUAUUCCUCUAGUUGGCAACUUAAGAACAAGGCUCCUUGCCCUUCACGUCCUUGAGGCUGUGCUACCAGCUUGUGAGUCUGGUGUAGAAGAUGAUCAAAUGGCCCAGGUUGUUGAACGCCUAUUUUCCCUUCUGUCGGAUUGUAUGUGGGAGACACCAAUCGCUCAGGCCAAACAUGCUAUUCAGAUAAAGGAAAAAGAACAAGAAAUAAAACUACAGAAGCAGGGAGAGUUGGAGGAAGAAGAUGAGAAUCUCCCUAUACAAGAAGUAUCCUUUGACCCAGAGAAAGCUCAAUGCUGCCUAGUGGAGAAUGGACAGAUAUUAACUCAUGGCAGUGGAGGAAAAGGAUAUGGAUUGGCAUCAACUGGAGUAACUUCUGGUUGCUACCAGUGGAAGUUUUACAUUGUGAAGGAAAACAGAGGUAAUGAAGGCACGUGUGUUGGAGUUUCUCGUUGGCCAGUACAUGACUUUAACCACCGUACUACCUCGGAUAUGUGGCUCUAUCGGGCCUAUAGUGGUAACCUCUAUCACAAUGGAGAACAGACUCUGACAUUGUCCAGCUUUACUCAAGGAGAUUUCAUUACCUGUGUGUUAGAUAUGGAAGCCAGAACCAUUUCCUUUGGGAAAAAUGGAGAGGAACCAAAAUUAGCUUUUGAAGAUGUUGAUGCAGCAGAGUUGUACCCAUGCGUGAUGUUCUAUAGUAGCAACCCAGGGGAAAAGGUAAAAAUUUGUGAUAUGCAGAUGCGUGGCACACCACGAGACUUACUUCCAGGAGACCCCAUUUGUAGUCCAGUAGCAGCGGUGUUGGCAGAGGCCACUAUUCAGCUUAUCCGAAUCCUUCACCGAACAGACCGCUGGACUUACUGCAUUAACAAAAAAAUGAUGGAAAGGCUGCACAAAAUUAAGAUAUGUAUUAAAGAGUCAGGUCAGAAGCUAAAGAAAAGCCGCUCAGUUCAAAGCCGAGAGGAAAAUGAAAUGAGAGAGGAAAAGGAGAGCAAAGAGGAAGAGAAAAGUAAACAUAAUAGACAUGGCCUUGCUGACCUCUCAGAGCUGCAGCUGAGGACCCUUUGCAUAGAGGUGUGGCCUGUGCUGGCAGUGAUAGGAGGAGUUGAUGCUGGUCUUAGAGUUGGAGGUCGGUGUGUUCACAGGCAAACUGGGCGCCAUGCCACGCUGCUGGGAGUGGUCAAAGAGGGCAGCACGUCUGCCAAGGUCCAAUGGGAUGAAGCAGAAAUUACUAUCAGUGAUACUCCAUUGUAUAAUCUGGAACCCUGUGAACCACUGCCUUUUGACGUGGCGCGAUUCCGAGGCCUGACGGCUUCUGUGCUGCUGGACCUCACGUAUCUGACUGGCAUUCAUGAAGACAUGGGCAAACAGAGCACCAAGCGACAUGAAAAAAAACACCGACAUGAGUCUGAAGAGAAAGGGGACAUUGAGCAGAAAACUGAGAGUGAAUCUGCUUUAGAUAUGCGAACAGGCCUAACAUCUGACGAUGUCAAAAGUCAGGGUACCACAAGCUCCAAAUCAGAAGGUGAAAUAGCUUCAUUUUCUUUAGAUCCAACCCUGCCAGGUGUGGAAUAUCAACACCAAAUAACAGAAGGAAAGAGAAAAAAUCAUGAACACAUGUCCAAAAACCAUGACAUACCCCAGACAGAAAUCAGAGCAGUCCAGUUGUCUUAUCUCUACCUCGGUGCUAUGAAAUCACUUAGUGCUCUUCUUGGCUGUAGUAAAUAUGCUGAGCUGUUGCUGAUACCAAAAGUUCUGGCUGAAAAUGGCCACAACUCAGACUGUGCGAGCUCUCCAGUUGUUCACGAAGACGUGGAGAUGCGUGCAGCCCUGCAGUUCUUGAUGCGACACAUGGUGAAGCGAGCAGUCAUGCGGUCCCCCAUAAAGAGAGCAUUGGGAUUAGCUGAUCUGGAACGAGCUCAAGCCAUGAUCUAUAAAUUAGUGGUCAGUGGGCUUUUGGAAGACCAAUUUGGGGGCAAAAUUAAGCAAGAGAUUGAUCAACAAGCUGAAGAAAGUGACCCAGCCCAGCAGGCACAGACUCCAGUUACCACUAGCCCAUCAGCCUCGAGCACGACUUCCUUUAUGAGCAGCUCGCUGGAGGACACCACAACUGCCACCACUCCAGUCACUGACACAGAAACAGUGCCUGCAUCUGAGUCCCCAGGAGUGAUGCCACUAAGUCUCCUCAGGCAAAUGUUCUCUAGUUACCCAACUACCACUGUACUUCCCACACGUCGUGCACAGACUCCUCCAAUAUCAUCGUUACCAACCUCUCCUUCUGAUGAAGUAGGAAGAAGGCAAAGCUUAACUUCUCCUGAUUCCCAGUCAACAAGGCCAGCUAACCGCACAGCCUUGUCAGACCCAAGCAGUAGACUUUCAACUUCUCCUCCUCCUCCAGCAAUUGCAGUACCAUUGUUGGAAAUGGGGUUCUCCCUUCGACAGAUUGCCAAAGCCAUGGAAGCCACAGGUGCUCGAGGAGAGGCUGAUGCCCAGAACAUCACUGUCCUUGCCAUGUGGAUGAUAGAGCACCCUGGGCAUGAGGAUGAGGAGGAGCCUCAGUCAGGCAGCACAGCAGACUCAAGGCACGGAGCAGCAGUUCUAGGCAGUGCUGGGAAAUCAAAUGAUCCCUGUUAUUUGCAGUCACCAGGAGACAUACCAUCGGCUGAUGCUGCUGAAAUGGAGGAAGGCUUUAGUGAAAGCCCUGAUAAUCUGGAUCAUACAGAGAAUGCAGCUUCUGGUAGUGGACCACCAACUAGGGGUCGCUCAGCAGUAACAAGAAGGCACAAGUUUGAUUUAGCUGCUCGCACAUUGCUAGCAAGAGCAGCGGGGUUAUACCGCUCUGUGCAGGCCCACAGGAAUCAAAGUCGGAGAGAAGGAAUAUCUUUGCAGCAAGACCCAGGGGCAUUGUAUGACUUUAAUUUAGAUGAGGAAUUGGAAAUUGAUCUUGAUGAUGAAGCAAUGGAAGCAAUGUUUGGACAAGACCUGACCAGUGAAAAUGAUAUUCUGGGAAUGUGGAUCCCAGAGCAUGUUUGUGAGUCUGAAGACAGGGAAGAAGUGGUGGUGUGUGAACUGUGUGAAUGCAGUGUUGUCAGCUUCAAUCAGCACAUGAAGAGAAAUCACCCAGGCUGUGGGCGCAGUGCAAACCGCCAGGGCUACCGCAGCAAUGGCUCCUAUGUUGAUGGCUGGUUUGGUGGUGAAUGUGGGAGUGGAAAUCCAUACUACCUGCUCUGUGGCAGCUGCAGGGAAAAGUACUUAGCCCUGAAGACCAAAUCCAAGACGACAAGUUCUGAAAGGUACAAGGGACAAGCUCCAGAUCUAAUUGGCAAGCAGGACAGUGUAUAUGAAGAAGACUGGGACAUGUUGGAUGUUGAUGAAGAUGAAAAGCUAACAGGUGAAGAAGAAUUUGAAUUACUUGCUGGACCACUUGGUUUAAACGAUCGACGUAUUGUACCAGAACCAGUUCAAUUCCCUGACAGUGAUCCAUUGGGAGCAUCAGUAGCAAUGGUUACAGCCACCAACAGUAUGGAAGAAACUCUGAUGCAAAUAGGUUGCCAUGGCUCUGUAGAAAAGAGUUCCUCUGGGAGAAUAACAUUAGGUGAGCAGGCAGCUGCCUUAGCAAACCCUCACGACCGAGUGGUGGCUCUAAGGAGAGUGACUGCUGCUGCUCAGGUACUUCUGUCCAGAACCAUGGUCAUGAGAGCUCUGUCUCUUCUCUCAGUCAGUGGUUCCAGUUGUAGCCUGGCUGCUGGUCUUGAAUCUCUGGGGCUCACAGAUAUCCGAACGCUGGUUCGAUUAAUGUGCUUGGCUGCAGCAGGGAGAGCUGGCCUCUCCACCAGCCCUUCUGCCAUGGGAAGCACCACAGAACGCUCACGAGGUGGGCACAGCAAAGCCAAUAAACCCAUCUCUUGCCUGGCCUAUCUGAGCACAGCAGUGGGAUGUCUGGCAUCAAACACUCCUAGCGCUGCAAAACUCCUAGUGCAGUUGUGUACACAGAACUUGAUUUCUGCUGCAACAGGUGUAAAUCUAACUACAGUUGAUGAUCCAAUUCAGCGAAAGUUUCUACCCAGCUUUCUCCGAGGAAUUGCUGAAGAGAAUAAGCUUGUGACCUCCCCAAACUUUGUUGUAACUCAGGCCCUUGUGGCAUUACUAGCAGACAAAGGGGCCAAACUGAGACCUAACUAUGAUAAGUCAGAAGUUGAAAAGAAAGGUUUAACUGCUCAAUUGUAUGUCCAUCCUUCCUAUGAUCCUUCUGCUGUAGGCCCUCUGGAGCUGGCUAAUGCCCUGGCAGCUUGCUGCCUGUCCUCCAGGCUGUCCUCACAGCAUAGGCAAUGGGCUGCUCAACAGCUUGUGCGCACUCUUGCUGCACACGACCGCGACAACCAAACUACUCCACAAACACUUGCUGAUAUGGGAGGAGAUCUCAGAAAAUGUUCCUUUAUCAAGUUGGAGGCUCAUCAGAACAGAGUAAUGACGUGUGUUUGGUGUAAUAAAAAAGGACUCUUGGCUACAAGUGGCAAUGAUGGCACCAUCCGGGUGUGGAAUGUUACCAAGAAGCAAUAUUCACUGCAACAGACCUGUGUGUUCAACAGAUUGGAAGGGGAUACUGAGGAAAGCCUGGGGUCACCCAGUGAUCCAAGUUUCUUGCCUGUUUCCUGGAGUAUCAGUGGCAAAUAUCUAGCUGGCGCUUUGGAAAAGAUGGUGAAUAUCUGGCAAGUUAAUGGAGGAAAAGGAUUAGUAGACAUUCAGCCCCAUUGGGUAUCUUCCCUGGCUUGGCCAGAGGAGGGUCCAGCUACAGCCUGGUCAGGAGAGUCUCCAGAAUUAUUGUUGGUGGGGCGGAUGGACGGAUCUCUAGGAUUAAUUGAAGUUGUUGAUGUGUCCACCAUGCACCGUCAAGAAUUGGAGCAUUGCUAUCGAAAGGAUGUGUCCGUAACUUGCAUUGCUUGGUUCAGUGAAGACAGACCAUUUGCAGUGGGUUAUUUUGAUGGAAAAUUAUUAUUGGGAACAAAGGAGCCACUUGAGAAAGGAGGCAUUGUUCUAAUCGAUGCACAUAAGGAUACUCUUGUUAGUAUGAAGUGGGACCCAACAGGUCAUAUUCUUAUGACGUGUGCCAAAGAAGAAAAUGUGAAACUCUGGGGGCCUAUUUCAGGAUGCUGGUGCUGUCUACAUUCACUCUGCCAUCCAUCUAUUGUAAAUGGCAUCGCGUGGUGCAGCCUCCCAGGGAAAGGAUCCAAGUUGCAUUUACUGAUGGCUACCGGCUGUCAGAGUGGCUUAGUAUGUGUUUGGCGUAUUCCACAAGGUAUCACACAAACCAGUGUGGCUACUUCAGAAGGAUGGUGGGACCAGGAAUCAAAUUGCCAGGAUGGAUAUAGGAAACCAGCUGGAGCCAAAUGUGUUUAUCAGCUACGAGGACAUAUCACCCCUGUCCGGACAGUUGCCUUCAGUUCAGAUGGGUUGGCCCUGGUGUCUGGUGGACUAGGUGGGCUCAUGAACAUUUGGUCUUUAAGGGAUGGCUCUGUCUUGCAAACUGUUGUGAUAGGCUCUGGAGCUAUUCAGGCCACAGUAUGGAUUCCGGAUGUUGGGGUUGCUGCUUGUUCAAACAGAUCAAAGGAUGUUUUGGUCGUGAAUUGUACAGCAGAAUGGGCUGCUGCCAAUCAUGUGUUAGCAACCUGCAGGACUGCCCUGAAACAACAGGGUGUUUUGGGACUAAACAUGGCUCCCUGCAUGAGAGCAUUUCUGGAGCGGCUUCCCAUGAUGCUGCAGGAACAGUAUGCCUAUGAAAAGCCUCAUGUGGUUUGUGGCGACCAGCUUGUUCACAGCCCCUACAUGCAGUGUCUGGCCUCCCUUGCUGUGGGACUUCAUCUGGAUCAGCUCUUGUGUAACGCUCCAGUGCCACCACACCACCAGAACUGUCUCCCUGACCCUGCAUCCUGGAAUCCAAACGAGUGGGCCUGGUUAGAGUGUUUCUCAACCACCAUAAAAGCUGCUGAAGCCUUGACCAACGGAGCACAGUUCCCAGAAUCUUUUACUGUUCCCGAUCUAGAGCCAGUUCCAGAGGAUGAACUUGUAUUCCUAAUGGAUAACAGUAAAUGGAUUAAUGGCAUGGAUGAACAAAUUAUGUCUUGGGCAACUUCCAGACCUGAGGACUGGCACUUGGGAGGUAAAUGUGAUGUCUACUUGUGGGGUGCUGGCAGGCAUGGACAGCUGGCAGAAGCUGGAAGAAACGUAAUGGUACCUGCAGCAGCUCCCUCAUUCUCACAGGCUCAGCAGGUCAUAUGUGGUCAGAAUUGUACCUUUGUCAUCCAGGCCAAUGGCACAGUGUUGGCUUGUGGGGAAGGAAGUUACGGCAGAUUAGGACAAGGAAAUUCAGAUGACCUUCAUGUGCUGACAGUUAUUUCAGCCUUACAAGGCUUUGUGGUGACGCAGCUGGUGACUUCCUGUGGUUCUGAUGGGCACUCCAUGGCCCUGACUGAGAGUGGUGAGGUCUUUAGCUGGGGAGAUGGUGAUUAUGGCAAACUCGGCCAUGGGAACAGCGACAGGCAGCGGCGACCCAGGCAGAUUGAGGCCUUACAAGGAGAAGAAGUGGUGCAGAUGUCUUGUGGCUUCAAGCACUCAGCAGUGGUAACUUCAGAUGGCAAACUGUUUACCUUUGGGAAUGGUGACUAUGGUCGUCUGGGUCUUGGAAACACCUCUAAUAAAAAGCUUCCAGAGAGAGUGACUGCACUGGAGGGGUAUCAGAUUGGACAGGUGGCUUGUGGCUUAAACCACACUUUGGCAGUAUCAGCAGAUGGCUCCAUGGUGUGGGCUUUUGGAGAUGGUGACUAUGGAAAACUAGGCUUAGGAAAUUCCACUGCAAAAUCUUCACCUCAGAAAGUUGAUGUUCUUUGUGGAAUUGGAAUUAAGAAGGUUGCUUGUGGAACUCAGUUUUCUGUUGCAUUGACCAAAGAUGGUCAAGUGUAUACCUUUGGUCAAGAUCGCUUGAUAGGCUUGCCAGAGGGUCGUGCUCGCAAUCACAAUCGGCCACAGCAAGUCCCUGUCCUGGCUGGAGUGGUCAUCGAAGACGUGGCAGUUGGAGCUGAGCAUACACUUGCUUUGACAUCAACAGGAGAUAUAUAUGCCUGGGGGAGCAAUUCAGAAGGACAGCUUGGCCUAGGCCACACCAACCACGUUCGAGAACCGACCCUGGUUACAGUUUUGCAAGGGAAAAAUGUUCGGCAGAUCUCAGCUGGCCGCUGCCACAGUGCUGCAUGGACAGCGCCGCCUGUCCCACCAAGAGCACCAGGUGUGUCAGUGCCUCUGCAGCUGGGCCUGCCCGAUGCAGUGCCCCCCCAGUACGGGGCGCUGAGGGAGGUGAGCAUCCACACCGCGAGGGCCAGGCUGCGGCUGCUUUACCACUUCUCGGACCUCAUGUACUCCUCUUGGAGGUUACUGAACCUCAGCCCCAACAACCAGAGCAGUACAUCUCAUUAUAAUGCUGGAACAUGGGGCAUUGUGCAGGGACAGCUUCGGCCUUUGUUAGCCCCAAGAGUCUACACCCUCCCCAUGGUGCGCUCCAUAGGAAAAACCAUGGUUCAAGGCAAAAACUAUGGACCUCAAAUUACAGUAAAGAGGAUAUCAACCAGAGGACGAAAGUGUAAGCCCAUCUUUGUCCAAAUAGCAAGACAAGUAGUUAAACUGAAUGCAUCAGACCUUCGUCUGCCCUCCAGAGCGUGGAAGGUUAAGCUUGUUGGAGAAGGGGCUGAUGAUGCUGGAGGAGUGUUUGAUGACACAAUCACAGAGAUGUGCCAGGAACUUGAAACUGGUAUUGUUGACCUUCUUAUACCCUCUCCCAAUGCUACUGCAGAAGUGGGUUACAAUAGGGACAGGUUCCUUUUUAACCCUUCUGCCUGUCUUGAUGAACAUUUAAUGCAGUUUAAGUUCUUGGGAAUUUUAAUGGGGGUUGCCAUUCGCACAAAGAAGCCUCUGGACCUGCACUUGGCCCCUCUGGUAUGGAAGCAGCUGUGCUGUGUCCCCCUUGCCCUGGAGGAUCUAGAGGAGGUGGACCUGUUGUAUGUGCAGACCCUCCAUAGCAUCCUUCACCUUGAAGACAGUGGGAUCACUGAGGAGAGUUUCCAUGAGAUGAUUCCUCUUGAUUCUUUUGUUGGUCAGAGUGCUGAUGGCAAAAUGGUUCCCAUUAUCCCUGGUGGAAAUAGUAUCCCACUCACAUUUUCCAAUAGGAAGGAGUAUGUGGAGAGGGCCAUUGAAUAUCGACUUCAUGAGAUGGACCGACAGGUGGCUGCAGUCCGAGAAGGGAUGUCCUGGAUUAUCCCCGUGCCACUGCUGUCCCUCCUCACAGCGAAGCAGCUGGAGCAGAUGGUGUGCGGGAUGCCAGAGAUCUCGGUAGAAGUGCUGAAGAAAGUGGUGCGGUACCGGGAGGUGGAUGAGCAGCAUCAGCUGGUGCAGUGGUUCUGGCACACGCUGGAGGAGUUCUCCAAUGAGGAGCGGGUGCUGUUCAUGAGGUUUGUGUCUGGAAGAUCUCGACUACCAGCCAACACUGCUGACAUUUCUCAGAGAUUUCAAAUCAUGAAGGUUGAUAGGCCUUAUGAUAGUCUGCCUACCUCACAGACCUGCUUCUUCCAGCUGAGGCUGCCCCCCUACUCCAGCCAGCUGGUCAUGGCUGAGCGCCUGCGCUACGCCAUCAACAACUGCCGCUCCAUCGACAUGGACAACUACAUGCUCUCGCGAAACGUGGACAACACUGAGGGCUCCGACACUGACUACUGACUGCUGGGGGUGCCGUGCCGCCGCCCCCUUUUUCUCAGUAAUGCUCACUUCCAAUUUCAUGUUAAUAUACAUAGAUGUUUUAGGAACAUAAACCAAUAUUAUAAACAGUGGCCACAUUUAGUUACUCUAAAUGUAACAAAGAAAUUAGAUGUUUUUAUUUUUCUGUGAUUGUACAAAAAAAAAAAAGACAAAGUGCUCUCAGUCAGGUUUUUCCCUCCAUGUUUUGGUCACUUUUGAUAAGUUUGCAUGGAACCAUUUUGGUGCAUUUUUAGUUGGGAAUGGUACAUUUUUGUAAACGCACCCAGUGAACAUGAAAUUGUACAUUGUGUAUAAUUGUUCAUUAGAAAGGACAGUUUUACAUGAAUAUUCAUAUAUUUAUUUUGUUUUAAUUUGAAUUGCCUGUGCAGGGUUCCUUAUGCAGAGAAAUAAAGCCAGUCAGGAAACAGAA